UCUACGUUGGUUUUUAGUAAAAGUGAUAUUAUGGGUUAGUGUUGUCUGAACAAAACCCACCACGCAAAUCUCGGAAACUUGCUCAGUGGCGAUGGCUGCUGCUGCUUCUGCUUCUCUCUUGCAUCUCUCUUCCCAAACUGUCGUGAAUGUCAACCUUCAAACAACUGAUUUUGGUUCUUUCCACUCUUCAUCCGCCUCAAAUCUUCUCUAUUUCAAGCCCAAAAGAUCUCGUGUAAGAUGUCAAUCAACUAGUACAGAUGAAUUGAAAACGAAAAGAAAUUUGCUGGACAAUGCAAGCAAUCUCCUUACCAAUUUGUUAAGUGGGGGAAGAUUAGGGUCUAUGCCUGUGGCCGAAGGUGCUGUCUCCGAUUUGUUCGAUCGACCACUCUUCUUUUCACUUUAUGAUUGGUUCUUAGAGCAUGGCGCAGUGUAUAAGCUUGCUUUUGGACCAAAAGCCUUUGUUGUUGUAUCAGAUCCUGUUGUUGCAAGGCAUAUUCUUCGCGAAAAUGCUUUUUCAUAUGACAAGGGAGUUCUUGCUGAUAUCCUAGAACCCAUAAUGGGUAAAGGACUUAUACCUGCUGACCUUGAUACAUGGAAGCUGAGGAGAAGAGUUAUUGCUCCUGGAUUCCAUGCCUUGUACUUGGAAGCUAUGGUCAAAAUAUUUACUAAUUGUUCAGAAAGAACAAUAUCGAAAUUUGAGGAGCUCCUAGAAAGACAGCACUUGCAAGGGGGGAAGACAAUUGAGUUGGAUCUUGAGGCAGAAUUUUCAAGUCUCGCGCUUGAUAUUAUCGGGCUCGGUGUCUUCAACUAUGACUUUGGUUCUGUAACAAAAGAAUCGCCUGUGAUUAAGGCAGUGUAUGGUACCCUUUUUGAAGCCGAGCAUAGGUCGACCUUUUACAUUCCAUACUGGAAAGUUCCCUUCAUGAGGUGGAUAGUUCCCCGGCAGCGGAAGUUCCAGAAUGACCUCAAGGUUAUUAAUGACUGUCUUGAUGGACUCAUCAGAAAUGCAAAAGAGACAAGACAGGAAACAGAUGUUGAGAAAUUGCAACAAAGGGACUACUCAAAUCUGCAGGAUGCAAGUCUUUUGCGCUUCUUAGUUGAUAUGCGGGGAGCCGAUGUUGAUGACCGUCAGUUGAGGGAUGACCUGAUGACUAUGCUUAUUGCUGGCCAUGAAACAACAGCUGCUGUUCUUACUUGGGCUGUUUUCCUGCUUGCUCAAAAUCUGUCCAAAAUGAGAAAGGCACAAAAAGAGAUUGAUUCAGUGCUUGGACAGGGUAAACCAACGUUUGAAUUGAUCAAAAAGUUGGAGUACAUAAGACUUAUUGUUGUAGAGGCUCUUCGUCUAUAUCCUCAACCCCCUUUGCUUAUUAGACGUUCUCUUAAAUCAGAUAAACUGCCAGGAGGGUAUAAUGGUGACAAAAAUGGUUAUGAAAUCCCUGUUGGGACAGACAUCUUCAUUUCUGUGUAUAACCUUCAUAGAUCGCCAUACUUUUGGGACCGUCCUAAUGAAUUUGAACCAGAGAGGUUCUUGGUGGAAAAGAAGGGUGAAUGCAUUGAAGGAUGGGAUGGUUUUGACCCCUCUCGCAGCCCUGGAGCAUUGUAUCCGAACGAGAUCAUAUCAGACUUUUCUUUCUUGCCAUUUGGUGGAGGACCGCGAAAGUGUGUCGGAGACCAAUUUGCGCUCAUGGAGUCAACAGUAGCGUUAGCGAUGUUGUUACAGAAGUUUGACGUGGAGUUGAAAGGAUCUCCAGAAUCUGUGGAGCUAGUCACAGGGGCAACCAUUCAUACAAAGAAUGGACUAUGGUGCAAAUUGAGGAAGAGAUCUCAUGUACACUGACAUAGCAUAGAAAAUAAGUUGUAUUUAUAUUUUGGAAAUAAAUUCAGAGUCAUUUCAUUAAUUACUGAUUAUGAAUUUCCUAUACCCUUUUUCUUCACAGAAUUAGACAUCUCCUGAGGGUGAUUAAAGAGAUUUCUAAUCUCUCUUUUCCUGGCACACGAGUUAAAACUAAGA